CAGUCGAGGAUCCGUUUGUUUCUUCGGCGGUAGAUUGUUUUGCCCCGAUAUGCAAGAGUCACACGCAAUAGAAUUUCAUUUUUGUGUUCCAGUUGCGCAUUCCUGAUACUGCUGGACUUGGUGCGGAAUAGGAGAGAGCGUUUGUCGCGAGACAGACGGGCAAAUUGUGCAAGUUUUUUUGUUUCUUGGCCGCCGAUGGCGGCGAUGUCGAGGCACCCUCGCAGAAAUGGGUGAGGCCAAGAGAACCAAGAACAGAUGUCCAAAAGUAGUCGACGAGAGUAUGAAAUGGACCGCCAGUAUGACGGUGUGUGUUUCCUUAGGAUCUGUUGGUCGGAUGUUGGUUUGAUAAGGACGUGAACCUGUUGUGUGUGGGGUCGGGCCUGUACAUGGCAUGCGGUUGACGUGAGGCUUCCCACAGGGUCCGAUAUAUCCGGAGAAACAGCUUCCGUUUGGGUUGGGUAGGUUGUGGUCUAGGCGGGUUGGGUGUGGUGCUUUCGUUUGUUUUGUGCGUGGAUGCGAGUCCCUUUGGCACGGAGAGGCUGGCGCGCCUUUUAUGACUCUUGUGAGAUGCAUGGCUUUGGUUGAGAGGGGCAACGGUUCUCACCUCUUCCUUCGCUAUCUGUCGAUGAGUGCAUAUGACAUCGGCGCGUAUAACCAGCAUUGUAAAUACUUCCGAGGUGCCCUCUGCCGUUGUAGGCGUUUUGGUAUGUUUUUCCUGGGCAAGGCUAAGGAUGCGUGACAGACGAUGAAAUAUCGUCUCUCAUGAGGUGUUAGUGGUACUUACGUGCCCUUUUUUUUAUUUUUUGUUUAUGGUAGCGGUAGCAGUAGGGUUGUUCGGUUAGCGUAAGAAAGAUGAAACACAUAUCAGCUUCGAUGGAGCGACAUCGCUGUUAUAUGUGUGCACUCAUUCAUUUUCGUGGUGGCUGGAGAUGUUGUAGCGUAGUGCGGCAGUGAAUCUCCCCUGGCAACAUGACAUCGCCUAACACGAUGCAUGCUUCGGGCGGCUCCGUUGGUCACGCCGGAAGGGGUGGGCAGCUUUGUAAGAACGAUGGGAUACCAACGGAACGAACGCAUUUUUGUACGACC